AUGCAGCGCGUGCUCCAACUCCUGGCCGUAGCCUCCUCGGUGCUUAGCGGCGCCAUGCACAUGCCGGACGCGGCCAAGAUCGUCAACCACGGGCUCAUCAUCAACACCGCGAAAGGACCCGCAUCGGUGAUCGUCGAACCCGUCGACCACUUUGGCGACGACGACGUCGUGCACUCGAUUCGCCACCUCCAUAACAUUCGGCCCGAAGGGCAUACGUCUGGACGCGGUCCAGCGUACGUGGCAGCCCGAAACAUCUCGGAAGGCGAUUCGAUCGUGAGCCUGCCACUCGCCAGCAUCAUGUCUUCCAAAACAGCGGCAGAGGGCCGGAUUCAGGCGCUGCUUCUUGCCAACCCGGACUUGCCGAACGCAGUGGUGCUUGCGCUCCACGUGCUCGAAGAGAAGUUCAAAGGCGCCGACUCCAAGUGGUUUUCGUUUCUGCGGUCGCUGCCAAAGACGCUCCGCGGCACCAUCUACCUGCCCGACGACGAAAUCGACCUCAUCGAGGGCUCGCAGCUGCACCGGCUGACGCGGGCGCGGUUCGAAGCCAUCUCGACCUUUUACGACGCUUUGCACGGUCCAUUGACGUCGAAUGCGAUGGACCCGCCGCUCUUCCGCCAACUCGACUUCACGCUCGAAUCGUUCAAGUGGGCGCUCUCGAUUGUGUGGGCACAUGCGAUCCUGGUGCCAACAACGUCGCAGGCCAAUCCCGCCGACGUCGAGGCGUUUCUCGUGCCGAUGGUCAGCACGAUGGGCCACAGCGCGACCGCGCGCAACCACUUUGACGUCAACUACGAGACGCAAACGUUCACGAUGGUGGCGACGCAGCGCUAUGGCGUCGGAGACCCCGUCGUCAUCAACCUCGGCGACAACUCGAUGACGCUGUACAUGCUCAACUAUGGUUUUUGCGGCGACCCGUCGCAUCUCGAUACGCUGCCGUUGGCGAUUCAAGUCGAGGCGAGCGACCCGCUCCUCAAGUUCAAGACGUCGAUCCUCGAGAUGAUCAACUCGACCAUGGAGGCUCCGUACGAGCUUGGCCUCGACGCGCCGUUGCCCGCGAGCAUGCUGCAGUCGAUGCGCAUCAAGGUCAUGACGAGCGCCGAGAUUGGCGCGUACGACGCCGCGAUCGGCAUGGAGCGCAUCGGGCUGCGCAACGAGUAUGCCCUUUCCCGAGCUCUCCUCCGGACAACCGGCGCGAUGCUCGAUGCGUACGCGUACCCGCUCGACGAGAUGCGCCGUGUGCUGCGGACGCUGGAGGGUCGCAGCCGGGACCUCGCGCGGACGGUCAUCCACGAACAAGAGAUUUUGUCGGCGACCAUGGCGGCGGUCCGCGAGCAUUGGCACGGCCUCCUCCUCGACGCUGCGUUCGUGCCCACGUAG